UUUCGUCCUUGCAAUCAAUCUCUAAUACCAAAAACUGCGGCGCUCACCCCCCAAAUUACUACUAUUGUUCGACAUACAAACACGCGCGCUUGAGACCCGAAAUAUCGCAGCAUCGAUUGCCCGCCAUGUCGGUCAUUCUGUGCACUGCUGGUUAUGACCACACUAUUCGAUUCUGGGAAGCGCUGUCGGGAAUAUGCUCCCGGACGAUUCCUCACCCAGAUUCGCAGGUCAACCGCCUUUGCAUCUCGCCCGACAAACGCUAUCUCGCCGCCGCCGGCCACCAUACCGUUAAGCUCUACGACAUCAAAUCGACCAACCCCAACGCUAUUCUCACCUUUGACGGCCAUACCUCGAACAUCACGGGUGUCGCAUUCCACUGCGAGUCCAAGUGGCUGGUGACAUCCUCGGAAGACGGCACGGUCAAGAUCUGGGAUACGAGAUCAGGCAAUGUCCAGCGCAACUACACCCACGGCGUCCCGGUCAAUGAUGUGGUCAUUCACCCCAACCAGGGAGAACUGAUUAGCUGCGAUCGCGGUGGCAAUGUGAGGAUCUGGGAUCUGGGCGAGAAUAAGUGCUCCCACCAGCUCAUUCCCGAAGACGACGUCAGCGUGGCCAGUGUAACGGUUGCCAGUGACGGUAGCAUGGUUUGCGCGGGAAACAAUGCCGUUUUGGAAAGGGAAGCUGACAGUUCAAAGGGUAAUGUCUAUGUCUGGCGUAUGAUCCAGCGUAGUGAUACGACAUCGAUUCUGCCCAUCUGCAAGUUCCUUGCCCACACCACGUACAUUACUCGUGUUCUCCUCUCUCCGGACGUUCGCCAUCUAGCUACCUGCUCUGCUGACCACACAGCUCGCAUUUGGUCCGUUGAUACGUCUGCUCCCCACAACGUUACCCCCACCGACAACCUUCCCUCGGCCAGCGAGCGUGACCCUGCCGCCUUUCCGCUCGAGACUACGCUCCACGGCCAUCAGAGGUGGGUCUGGGAUUGUGCCUUUUCAGCUGAUAGUGCCUACCUGGUUACCGCAUGCUCAGACCAUUACGCACGGUUGUGGGAACUAGGCAGCCAGAGUAUUAUUCGGCAGUACAACGGACAUCAUCGCGGUGCCGUCUGUGUGGCUUUGAACGAUACUGCCGUUGGUAAUUGA